AUGCAUAUUGUUGUUCACAUCAUUUUCACUGUGCUAGUUUUUGGGGUGGUUCUUCAUGGACAAGGUGCAGGUGGCGGAGAUCGUGGUCAUCAUGGAAGUAGCGGUAGUGGAAGAGAUCGUGGUCAUCAUGGAAGUAGCGGUAGUGGAAGAGAUCGUGACCAUCAUGGAAGUAGUGGAGGAGGAAGUCAUGGUGGAAGUUUUGACCAUGGAAGUCAUGGUGGAAGUUUUGGCCAUGGAAGUCAUGAUGGAAAGUUCGGUGGUGGUAAUAGGCAUGGCUAUUCGGAUUAUCCCAAUGAAAAUGGUUACAAUAAUAGAGAUCGGCAACGACCAAAACCAACUGGUGGCCACCAUUCAUCAUUGGCCAAUGUGUUUUACGUCAUAAUUUUUGUAUUUAUUGCCAUUAUCGCGUCCUGUUGCAUUUGCGGUUGUUGUAUAUUGUACAUAUGCAAAUCCAAAUCUACAUCGAAUACGACGUUUGCCAGUGUACCCAAUAAAGAACCCACUUCUGAACAGCCCCCAACGGCAUUUACCAGCAUACCUAUUGAGAAAACAGCAGUGAACAAUGAGAACAUAUUUCAGUCAGGAGUUUGGUCAGGUCGAUAUUUUCAAUACGAAGCAUGGCAUGAUCCACAGCAGUUAUGGUUGUCAUUCGAUUCGAAUUCAUUUACAAUCAAUGGACACGGAUCUGAUGAUGUCGGUAGGUAUACUGUUACUGGCAAGUACUCAACGACAACUAAUGAAAUUGAGCUCAUAAAAGCAUACCAACAAGGCACAGGCGAUGAGGAAGAAAAUUUAGGGCAUUCUGUUACUAUUGAAGUUACGUGGGAUUCCAAUAAACAGCUAUUUUCUGGUAACUGGUAUGUAGAUACGAAUUCCUAUCGCGAUGAAAACAUAUUUGAACUCAAGUUCGAAAAAUCACUGUGA